AUGUCAAAUUAUACAAAAAUUUCAAGUUUAAUAAAAGAUCUUAAUAUAAUUUCCAAAUUACAAAACAUAACUAAAAAUGGUCGUGUAAAGACCUUAGGUUCAUCCACAACAACAUCACCAAAAAUAUUAUCCCCAUCUAAAACUCCAACAUCAACAACAUCAGUUCAUCAAUCUAAACAACAAAAUGUUAAAGGUUAUAGAAGAUCUACUGCACCAACUGCAUUACCAAUAUCUAAGAUUAUAACAACAAAAUUAUUCCCAUUAUCUACUAUUGAAUCAUUUCAAGAUUAUUUGAAGAGAGCAGAUUUGGAUAUUGCACAAGAAAAUUUAUUAAAUUUAUUAAAAUGUUACAAGGAUCCACAAAUGAUUACUAAAACUUUAAAAAUUAAAAUUGAUGAUGAAGGUAAUUAUAUUAAUGAAUUUAUGAUUCAUUCCAAAAAUGUUGAUUAUUCCAAUUGUAAUCAUUUUGUUAUAAUUCAUGGUUAUGGUGCAGGUUUAGGCUUCUAUUUGAAAAAUUUAGAUGAAAUAUCAUCAAAAGAUUCAAAUUGGUGUAUUCAUGCAUUAGAUUUACCAGGUUAUGGAUGUUCAUCAAGACCAAAAUAUAAUGAAUCUAAAUCAUUAGAAGAAUAUUUUGUUGAUACUUUAGAAAAAUGGAGAAUUAAUAGAGGUAUUAAUAAAAUGUUGAUGUGUUGUCAUAGUCUUGGUGCUUAUAUGACUUUAUUAUAUACAAUGAAAUAUAAACAUCAUGUUCAAAAAUUAUUAUUAAUUUCACCAGCUGGUAUUUAUAGACCUAAAGAUUUAAAUUUAGAUAUCCCACCAUGGUUUCAUUAUCUUUGGGAACAAAAUAUAUCACCAUUUGCACUUGUUAGAAACACGGGACCAUUUGGUUCAAUGAUUACAUCAGGUUGGACAUCAAGAAGAUUUGCCAAAUUAACUGAAAUUGAACAAUUUUAUUUACAUAAAUAUACUUAUUCAAUUUUUAAUGCACAAGGUUCAGGUGAAUAUUAUAUGUCACAAGUUUUAGGUGCAGGUGGUGUACCAAAAUUACCUUUAUUAGAAAAGAUUGAAAAAAUUAGUUGUGAUACAACAUGGUGUUAUGGUGAUGAAGAUUGGAUGCCAAAAGAAGGUGGAUUAAAAUGUAUUGAUAAAAUUAUAAAAAAUACAAAUUAUUCAAGUGAUUUCAAAACUUUUAAAAAUUCAGGUCAUCAUAUUUAUUUAGAUAAUUAUAAAGAUUUUAAUCAAUUUAUCCUAGAUGAAAUGAAGAAUUAUGAAAAGAAGUAUAUAUAUAUGUGA